GCUUGAAAAUGGAUAAAAUCGGUUUCUGUCCGAUUAAAGUGACAUCUGUUGCAUACAAUCUAGUGUCUGUGUAAACAAUUAACUAGAAAAUAUACUAUCCUUUAGUACUUGUGCUCUUCGAAACUCUUCCUCCGCGAAACACACAUGUAUAUUUUUGUUCCGAGGAGAAACAUGAAACAAUUGUACAGUAACAGCAAUUUUUACUUGGCUUCAGUCUCAGAUUAAAGUACAUUUAGCGGUGGGAGACGAAUCUUGAAUUUCACAAUUCCAGGUAUAUACACACACAGAAGCAUGGAGGCCGGGGAAGAGCUUCAGGAGUCGCCGAUGAUUCAUGGCAAAGAACAGCCGAGGCCCCGGGCUGACAGAGGCGGGCCCUCGGCCAGCAGCCAGACACCAGGUACCCCUCUCUCUCCAAUGGACCCUCUGAACACCCUCUCCAACUUCGAGGCUGAGAUGGAGCCUGAUGACCAGGGCAGCUACUCUCUGUUCCCAGCCCUGGAUAACAUGACCAGCCUGCCUGGGACCUCAGAAACCCUGGAGAGUGAUCCUCCUAGUGAUGUUGCAGACAAGCCUAAUCUUACCUGGCUGGAUGCUGCCCAGAUUGUACUUGAGGAAGCCGGCCGGCCAAUGCACAUCAAGGAGAUCAAGCAGAGGAUCAUCGACAGGGGCUUGGUGCAAUCAAAUGCAAAGUCAAGUCUGGAAGCUGUGAUGUAUCGUGAGACACAGAAAGGGAGCAGGCGCUUCAAGAGGAUUGAGAACAGGAAUGGAGUCUUUGCGCUGUUGACGGACGACGAGAGGCAGCAGGCCUUACGGGCCUUCACGGCCCAGUCUUUCCUGACGGCUCCUGGCCAGCCCGCCUUCUCCGGCUCAGGAUCUGGGGGCCCCCUACCUGCCUUCCCCUCCCCGGCCAGCCUCUCCGAAGCCAAACCCAAGGUGAAGAAGCUGCUCAGGAAGAACCAGAAUGAGAAGUACCGGCUGAAGUACCUGCGCCUGCGCAAGGCUGCCCGCGCCAUGAUCUUUGAGAAUGCUGCGCUCUGUGAUGAAGUUGCCCAUUUGGAAGAGAAGUUCGUGCGUGCAAAAGAAGAACGAAGGUUCCUGCUGAAGUCUCUGCUGCAGUACCAGUCUCUGUCAGAGGGGGAGCUGCACUCCGCCCCGAGCGCCAGCUCCCACGCCCCGGCGUCCUUCAGCUCCGCGGCGGGGGGCGCUGCCGUUCUCGGGGCCUCCCCGGGUCUGGCCCCCGCCGCCUCGGGGGGCGACGAAGGCACCAGCAAGAAGUCCAAGAAAGACCGGAAGGAGCGCGCGAGAGAGAACGGGCGGGAAGACGCGCUCAGGAAGGUCUCCAAGAAGAAGAAGCUGGCCGAGGGCGGCUCUCGGAAGCUGGUCCAGCCAAUCCCUCUGGAUUCCUCGGGCCGGCCGGUGUUCCCGAUUGUCCUGGGAGGGCUGACCGUGUACAGCCUGGGAGAGAUCAUCACAGACCGGCUGCACUUCCACGACGAGAACGCCAUCUACCCCGUGGGCUUCUGCAGCACCAGGAUGUUCGCCAGCAUGAAGAGCCCCGAGCAGCAGUGCCUCUACACCUGCCAGAUAAAGGACGGGGGCAGUGGCCCGCAGUUUGAAAUUGUGCCCGAGGAGGACCCUCAGAAUGCUAUAGUGGCUUCUUCUGCCCUGACCUGUCAUGCCAACCUGCUGAAGGCAAUAGCGGCCAUGAGGGGCAAGCCUCUCACGUCCAUUGUGCCGUCAGGAGCAGAUUUCUUUGGAUUCUCUCACCCCACCAUCCAGAAUCUGAUCCAGAGCUGUCCCGGGGCGCGCAAGUGUGCGAAUUACCAGUGGGUGCGCUUUGACGUCUGGCGUCCAGGGGACGGGCAGCUUCCUCACAGCCUGUCGGAGGACGACGCCUCCCUCAACUUCGAGGCCUUCCAGAGGCAGCAGGGCUUCGAGGAGUGUGAGGCGGCGGAGCGCGGCCUGGCGGGGGAAAAACAGUCCGGCAGCAUCAGCUCUGGGGGCGUUCCACACGGCUCGAUAGUGCGGCUGUGCUCCAGCGUCGACACCCUGCCGGGUCACAGCGCAAAGAGCAGCGUGGGAGAGUUCUCUGCCUGUAGGAUCCAGCCACUGGUCCGGCCACCCCAGCCUCCUCUCUCCUCCCACGCCAGGCUGCUGGGUCAGCAGCACUUGGGCCCGUCCCCGCUGCAGCCUUCAGCGUCCGCCUCGCACUUCGGCAGCCCCUGAGCAGAACCGUCCCGAUCCCAGUCCCGGGACGUCCAAGCGAAGCAGCCCUGCGCCGUCUCAGGGUCCAGAUCGGUGACCUUCCCUGCUCUUCUGGAGGAAGCGUCACACAAGCUGUGAGGGCUGUUUAUGAUUGACUUCUGCUCCGCCAAAUUAUAAGGAUCCAGCUGUUCCUGGUCAAAGGAUGAAUUACCAGCUGCACUGGACUCUGGGACAGGACAGUUGUGGAUGUUUUCUAAAGGCAGCUUUGGGCUUAUGGACUCCUUUUUAAGUAUUGACAGUGCUAAAAAAUCUGUUUUUUUUUAUUAUUAUAAUCCGAUUGUACAGUCAGUCAUCAAAUGAAACUUGAAAGUUUGAAUGUGUUUGAACAGCAAAAAGGCAGCAGCGAUGAUCUGUGCUCCUUGUACAUUUCUUUGGCUCACACCUAACUAGUGCGAGUAAAGCUUUGGAAUAAAAUGGCUGUAGGAUUAAAA